CCGCCGGGGAGGCCCCACUCUCGGAUCGGACGCCUGGGUCGGCCGGGUAGAGCUGUGAGAGAGAUGCUGCCCCCACCUCCUUAGGCCCCAGGGAUCAGGAGCUAUGGGGCCUGGGGCCCUCUCAUCUCUACAGCUGCUGCUGUUCUUGGUGGCAACAGGAGAUGCUGACAUGAAAGGGCAUUUUGACCCUGCCAAGUGCCGCUAUGCCCUGGGCAUGCAGGACCGGACCAUUCCCGACAGUGAUAUCUCUGCCUCCAGUUCCUGGUCAGAUUCCACUGCUGCCCGGCACAGCAGGCUGGAGAGUAGUGACGGGGACGGGGCAUGGUGCCCAGCUUCACCGGUGUUCCCUAAGGAGGAGGAGUACUUGCAGGUGGAUUUGCGGCGGCUGCAUCUGGUGGCUCUAGUGGGCACCCAGGGACGACAUGCGGGUGGCCUGGGCAAGGAGUUCUCCCCCAGCUACAGGCUGCGUUACUCCCGGGACGGCCACCGCUGGAUGGACUGGAGGGACCGCUGGGGUCAGGAGGUGAUCUCAGGGAAUGAGGACCCUGGGGGAGUGGUGCUAAAGGACCUUGGUCCCCCUAUGGUGGCCCGACUGGUUCGCUUCUAUCCCCGGGCAGACAGGGUCAUGAGUGUCUGCCUCCGGGUGGAGCUCUAUGGCUGCCUUUGGAGCGAUGGACUGCUGUCUUAUACCGCCCCUGUGGGGCACACCAUGCACCUCUCCGAGGCCGUGUACCUCAAUGAUUCCACCUACGAUGGACACACUGUGGACAAGCUGCAGUACGGAGGUCUUGGCCAGCUGGCGGAUGGUGUGGUGGGGCUGGAUGACUUUAGGAAAAGCCUGGAGCUGCGAGUCUGGCCAGGCUAUGACUACGUGGGCUGGAGCAACCACAGCUUACCCCAUGGCUUUGUGGAAAUGGAUUUUGAGUUUGACAGGCUGAGGGCCUUUCAUGUCAUGCAGGUCCACUGCAACAACAUGCACACACUGGGAGCCCGCCUGCCCGGUGGGGUGGAGUGUCGCUUCAAGCGGGGCCCUGCCAUGGCCUGGGAAGGGGAGCCGGUGCGCCAUGCACUGGGGGGCAGCCUAGGGGACCCCAGAGCCCGAGUUGUCACAGUGCCCCUGGGGGGCCGCCUAGGUCGCUUUCUGCAAUGCCGUUUCCUCUUUUCUGGGCCUUGGCUCCUCUUCAGUGAGAUCGCCUUCACUUCUGAUGUCGUGAACGACUCCUCUGCAGGUCUGGGGGGCACCUUUCCACCCGCUCCAUGGUGGCCUCCGGGCCCACCUCCCACCAACUUCAGCAGCCUGGAGCUGGAGCCCAGGGGCCAGCAGCCUGUGGCCAAGGCUGAGGGGAGCCCAACCGCCAUCCUUAUCGGGUGCCUGGUGGCCAUCAUCCUACUACUGCUGCUCAUCAUCGCACUCAUGCUCUGGAGGCUGCACUGGCGCCGUCUUCUCAGCAAGGCCGAGCGUCGGGUAUUAGAAGAGGAACUGACGGUUCAUCUUUCAGUCCCUGGGGACACUAUCCUCAUUAACAACCGCCCAGGCCCUCGAGAGCCACCCCCUUACCAGGAGCCUCGGCCUCGUGGGAACCCACCCCACUCUGCUCCCAGUGCCCCCAAUGGCUCUGCCUUCAAUGGGGACUAUAUGGAGCCAGAGAAGCCGGGUGCCCCACUUCUACCCCCUCCUCCCCAGAACAGUGUUCCCCAUUAUGCUGAGGCUGACAUUGUCACUCUGCAAGGUGUCACUGGCGGCAACACCUAUGCUGUGCCUGCACUGCCCCCAGGGGCAGUUGGGGAUGGGCCCCCCAGAGUGGAUUUCCCUCGAUCGAGGCUUCGCUUCAAGGAAAAGCUUGGCGAGGGACAGUUCGGGGAGGUGCACCUGUGUGAGGUAGAAAGCCCUCAAGAUCUGGUCAGCCUUGAUUUCCCCCUUCAUGUACGCAAAGGACAUCCCUUGCUGGUAGCUGUCAAAAUCCUACGGCCAGAUGCCACCAAGAAUGCCAGGAAUGAUUUCUUGAAGGAGGUGAAGAUCAUGUCACGGCUAAAGGACCCCAACAUCAUCCGGCUCUUGGGCGUGUGUGUGCAGGACGACCCCCUCUGUAUGAUAACUGACUACAUGGAGAAUGGCGACCUGAAUCAGUUCCUCAGUGCCCACCAGCUAGAGGACAAGGCAGCAGAGGGGGCGCCAGGAGACGGGGAGGCUGCUCAGGGGCCCACCAUCAGCUACCCGAUGCUGCUGCACGUGGCAGCCCAGAUCGCCUCAGGCAUGCGCUAUCUGGCCACACUCAACUUUGUGCAUCGUGACCUGGCCACGAGGAACUGUCUGGUUGGAGAAAAUUUCACCAUUAAAAUAGCUGACUUUGGCAUGAGUCGCAACCUCUACGCUGGGGACUAUUACCGGGUACAGGGCCGGGCAGUGCUGCCCAUCCGGUGGAUGGCCUGGGAGUGCAUCCUCAUGGGGAAGUUCACAACAGCAAGUGACGUGUGGGCCUUCGGGGUGACCCUGUGGGAGGUGCUGAUGCUCUGCAGGGCCCAGCCCUUUGGACAACUCACUGAUGAGCAAGUCAUCGAAAAUGCAGGGGAGUUCUUCAGGGACCAAGGCCGGCAGGUAUACCUGUCUCGGCCCCCUGCCUGCCCACUGAGCCUGUAUGAGCUGAUGCUGCGAUGCUGGAGCCGGGAGCCAGAGCAACGACCACCCUUUUCCCAGCUGCACCGGUUCCUGACAGAAGAUGCGCUCAACACAGUGUGAACCCCAGCAUCAGGCCACGCUGCCCUUGGGGAGGAUUCAGGGUGAGCUUGAAGAGACAAGGACACUCCUGCCCCACUCAGCCUCCCAUCACAUCUGAAUCCUGUGACACAGGUGGACUGAGUCUGCCCAGGGAGUGACACCCUUUCUGCCCGGACAUGCCAUUGUGCCCCCAUCCCUGCCCCUAGUCCCAUCUCCACUCCUAGAAGCCCCGCCACCCACCCAGCUGGCCCUGUGGAUGGGAUCCUCUCUGACCUCUUCCAGCCAUCCCUUGUGGGGGAGGUGGGGGCAAAAACCAGGCAGACACUGGACAUGGCCUGCUGGGGCACCUGGGCCCCACUGGAUAACACUGGUUGCUGGAGAGAUGGCUGUGGCCCCUUCCCAGCCUCUCUUUCCCGUCACACACUGGACACUGCUGACUGAGAAUCCGAGGGGCCAGGAGGACAAGAAGGGGAGAACUGCUCCCUGGUGCCCACUCCUGGACUUGUCCUCACCUUUGGCUUCUCCCUCCUCCUUGCCCUGAAACACUGGACCUGGGGCUAAACCAUGCUCCCCACCAUCCUCACUUCCCUCCUGCCAUUUUGUAGCUAGAACGUCUCUAAAUCUGUACGUUUCUGUGGAAUAAAUACUGGGAUUAGGGGAAAAGAGGGAGCCUUGGCCUGUGGCCCUUGGGUUUGGACAUCUCUAUUGUAGCUGCCACAUUGGUUUUUCUAUAAUCACUUAUAGAGGGAUUUGUACAUUUUUUUGGGGGGAGAGACACAGAUUUUUACACUAAUAUAUGAACUAGCUUGAGGCAAUUUUAAUCCCCUGCUCUAGGCAGGUAAUAAUAAAGGUUGAGUUUUCCACA